AUGGCUAUCUUCAGAAGAGAGCAUCAAACCGAUACAGUUCCGUCUCUGUUCGCCGAUGAAUCUGUUCUCGUUCCUCACAAUUUUCCCGCCAAUUUUCGCCGGGAAGCGUUGACGGUUAUUACGAAGUUUUCUGAAAAUUUGGAUCCGUUCGUAACUUAUCUCGCAAUUAAUUACAUGGAUCGAUUCAUCUCUACUCAAAAAAUUGUGAAUCAAAAGAAGCCAUGGAUCGUUGGGCUUGUGGCGAUUUCGUGCCUUUCUCUCGCUGUAAAAAUGAAGAUCGACGAUUUAGCUACUCCUAAGUUACAGGGAUACGAAUGUUCAAUUUACGAUGCAAAAUCAAUUAGUCGAAUGGAGGUUCUGAUUCUCUCCUCUCUUAAAUGGCGAAUGCGAUCAAUUACACCAUUUUCGUUCCUCUAUUUCUUCCUUUCGUUGUUCCAGCUCCAAGAUCCAUGCUUAUCAAACGCUAUUAAAGAUCGAGCUUCACAGAUCUUAUUGAGAUCUCCUUAUGAAAAUAAGUUAUUAGAGUUUAGACCAUCAGUGAUUGCAGCAUCUGCUCUUCUUCAUGCAUCUCAAGAUCUCAUCAUUCCUCUUCAACAUUCUCAAUUCAAAGCUGCAAUUUCCUCUUGUAAAUAUCUAAACAAAGAAAGUUUGGAGGAAUGCUUAGGUGUAAUGCGGGACAUGGUAUCGGAUACAAAUGAGUCGAUUAGUGUUGUUGACCAUCAAUGUACAAGCAACGGAAGCGAGAAUAGUACAAGCAUUAAGCGUAGAAAAUUGAAUGCGGGUUUUAGCAGUAAUCAAUGCAUCAUUCGAUUUUCACAUGUUCAAAAUCGUUGAACUUGGUCAAAUUCGGAAUUUGUACUAUGCAUUUAGCAAUUAUAUAAUAUAGUUUUUGUACUUAUAAAUUAUCAAA